AUGUGUAAGGCCCAUGUUCUACGAUUUUGCUGUGGACAUGGCGUGCUCAUGGGCUUUGACGUCUGCACCCCAGUUCCAUGCCCUGUGAUAAAGACAACUGGUUGGAAAUUGCCGCAACAACCCUACAGAUGCUACAACUGCCAGAAUCGCUCGUCAAUGACACCGGCCUCUCCAAGAGGAGCCUCAUGUUCAUCCGCUGGGAGUAUAGAUUCCAACUCAUCGACAUCAACCGCCAUCACCCCACCCUCUCCUGUAUCUCGAAAGGAGAAGAUAGCCAUGGCGCCCCUGCCUGGCGUGGCCCGCCAACCGCCGGAGUGCGGCGACUUUGCCCUCAAGUUCAACCGAUCGCAAACCGUAUCUUCAAGAGCAUUCUCAUUUUCAUGCUCCUCAUCGACCCAUUAUCCUGCGCCUCACUAUAUGAGUUUGCCGGCUUUCCUACCUCAUCAAGAUCACCCCUGUCCUCCAUGUCAACUUGAAGAACUCCGGAUCAAGUCCGACCAGGAGGCCAUCACGUUGGCUGUCGCUCAGCACCCUCACCUGACAAAAGAGAUGCUGGUCAAAGAUGGAAGGACCUGGGAGGACUGUCAGAGCAAGCCAACGCUGGAAGAGUUUAUGGAAGAGAAACGAUCAGACGAGAGACAAAUGUGGUUGCACGUUACAAGGAAAUGGACGCAGGAUCUGAAGAAGGCACGCGUCCUAGUCGCCGAGGAAGAUGGCCUGGGGCUGCUAGGAUGA